UAUACAGGCAGCGUGCUGUCCAGACCACAUUUCUCUGGGGGAACAAAAGAAAAAGAACACCAACUCAGUGGGUGUGUGGAAGGGAAAAUCACAGAUAUUUGGACAGCCACAGUCUGACUGCAAACCCUUUCAUUACAUACAUCGGCAGCAAGAUACUCAUAAUGGCACGAUAUUGUGCUCCGAGGAAUGAAGACUUGAAGAUGCCAAAUGAAGACCAAAUAAACAAAAUCAGAACUAACAGCAAAUCAAAAAAAGGGUUCAUCACAAGAUAUUUUCUAAACACAAGGACUAUAAUUGAUGAUGACAGACUGAAGAGGAUGGAGUUUGGAGAAAAGGACCAGAGCAAACCUCAUAAAACCAUAUUACUUCUUGGAGAAACAGGAGUAGGGAAGUCGACGCUAAUCAACGCCAUGGUCAACUACAUGCUGGGUGUUAAAAGUGAAGACAGAAUCUGGUGUGAGAUCAUAGAGACAAAAGAAAAUCAAACAGAUUCUCAGACAAAUGCAGUCACAGUGUAUGAUGUGUUUAUUAAUCACAGCUCGUUCUCUCUGACCGCCAUCGACACGCCUGGGUUUGGAAGAACUAGUGGUAUCGAGAUUGAUUUAAAUAUUGCUGAAAGUUUACACGAGUUAUUUAAAUCUAAAGAUGGAGUUCAUGAAAUUGAUGCAGUGUGUCUUGUCGUGUCAUCAAACACCACUCGACUCACUGACAGACAGCUGUAUAUUUUUGAUUCUGUUCUUUCAUUAUUUGGCAAUAAUGUGGAGAAAAACAUUGUUGUGUUCAUCACACACGCCACCACAAAACCUAAAAAUGCCAUUAAGGCCAUUAAACAGGCCAACGUUGUGUGUGCAAAGACUGAUAAAGGAGAUCCCGUGUAUUUCAAGUUUAACAACUGUCACUGUGAAGACUUUGAUGAUGAGGAAAUAUUCAGUGAUUACACGGUAGCGUGGGAUCAGUUCAACGCAUCCAUUAAGGACUUUCUGGCUUUUAUUAAUGAAAGGCCAAGUGUAAGUCUGAAGAUGAUUCAAAUUGUAUUGAAAAAACACAAACAACUAACAGCAUCCAUCAACAAUAUAAAGGAUCGAAUCACGAUGGCAGAACACAAACAAAUAGAGCUUAAGCAGACAGAAGCAUUUUUACAACAACUUGAGAAAGAAAAAAAGGAAAAUAAAAAAGGCCUUCAAUAUAUGGUAGAUGAGCCUUACAAAGAGAAGGUGCCUAUAGAAUGUGAGUGGUGGAACUUUGGAAGCAAAGAGGCUACAUGCUGCAGUGUGUGUGAGGAGAACUGUCACUACCCAGGAUGCUGGUGGGUCAGAGAUCUUUCUAAGUGUAGUGUCAUGUCUGAGGGUAAGUGCACAGUGUGUACUGGAAAGUGUCACUACUCUGCCCAUGUCAAAGAGAAGAAAAUCUAUGUGGUGAAGACAAGGAAAGUCAAUAAGACUUUGGAAGAACUGAAAAGAAAAUAUGAUAAAACAUUUGUAGAGAUAAAGAGUUUAAUAAGCAAAUUAAAAUCUGAAAAAGAAGAAAAAGAAAAUAUGAUUAAACCAUCCAGUACUCUGCAGAAAAUUUGCUAAAUCAUAUGAACACAUGUAAGCUUUCGCAUCAGACAUGAUUAAUCAUUUUUAAAAUUAUUUAGUAUUUUGUUUCCAUACAUACACAAAAAUACUUUCAUUAUCUUAAUUAUGAUUAUCUUCUUUAAAUAAUUCUUUUAAGCCUUAGUUUGUUUCUUGUUUUAAACGUUAAUUUGUAAAACUGCUUAAAAAAACUCUUUAUGCCCUUAGGAUUAAUAAGCUUUGCUGUUUACAAAUGUAUUACAUUGGUAUGUCUUUUAUUCAAAAUCAAUAUACAGUAUUUUGGUAUUUACCAUUUGUAAUGAUGUUACAGAGUAUUUGGGUACAAUUGUUUUCUGAAUGUUUUUGAUGAUGUAAAACAUAACUUGUUUGUUGUUAUCAUAUCAACCAAAAACCAUGAUAUAACUCAUAAAAGAAAAUAAUUAUCAUAACAUGACAAUAACAAGUAAUGUCUUUCUAGAAUUCAUCAGUUUCCCGAAAGCCUCUUAUCGCUAAAUUGUACCUUAACCUCUUUCUUAACGUUAUGGCCUGAUUCCCGAAACGUUCAUACUCUAAGUAUCUCUUAGGUAAGUCACACGUUCGUAAGGUUGGUCUGGACCAACCUUAACUCAUUCUUAGUGUAGUUUCAGCUCAAGACGCUAGUCACCGCCACUGUGCCGUAGUCUUUAUAUAUCAGUGGUGUAUGCAAGCACAUUAUGGCAUAUUAUCAAAGUCGUAUUAAUGAUGGAAUAUACUGUAGGCCAAUUUAAAAUUUUAUUUUAUAUCAUUGUCAUUUUUCAUUAUUUCAUAAUGUGACUAUUGCAUUAAAAUUGGCAAUCACUUUUAAUAUUGAACAAGUGGCAAACAAUUUUCUCAGUGAUACAGCGCCGUCCAUGGGGCCAUGUGGUUCAUGUAAAUGUUUUCUUUAAGCAAAACUUCAGCCCUUUUCAUAUUUUGCCUGAGAUGGAUAUUUUUACCUUGCUUGUAAAAAUGUUAA